GUAAGCUUUCUUCGAUACAGAGAUCAUAUUUUUGGGAAGCGCAAAGUCCAUGCGGAAAUGGCAAACAUGAGGAGCCCAGAAGAUUACCAUGCUCAUUUUGACCCAAAAACGUUCCUCGAACAGUUUUAUAAAAACUUCAAAGUAUCUGUGUCGCCGAUUAUUGAAGCAUUGCAUGAGUUUUGGUCCAACUUUAAGGCGCCAACCGACACGGAACCGACGAAAGUUCGAUAUCUCGAGUUUGGUGGUGGACCUUCCAUAAUGAGCGUUAUUUUUGCCUCUCGACAUGUGGAUCAUAUUGUCUUUUCGGAGUAUACAGAAGCAAAUAGACAAGCCGUGAAGUCGUGGAUUGCUGGCGACCCAGACGCCCACGACUGGAUGCCUUUAAUUGAAAUCGUUGUUCUUGAACUCGAACAAGGACGUGGUAUUGUAGACGAGAGUGGUGAAUCUUCCGCAGACAAAGAGAAGCUCGAGCGUGUAUUAAAUGCCGCAGCUAAUGAAGUGAAACGAAAAAUAAAAUCUAUUGUCCCAUGUGAUGUGAACAAAGCACCAAUAGUUCAACUUGAUGGUGUUGAUGUUGCCAAGCCAUUUGAUGUUGUGUCCACCAGUUUGUGCCUAGAGUCAUGUGUGUCGUCUGAGGCGCACUACAAGAGUAGCGUCGCAGAACUUUGCAAAUUUCUCAAACCAAAUGGCUACCUAUUUAUGAAUGGUGUGCUGGAGGAAACGUAUUAUUAUGUGGGCGAAGAAAAGUUUUACAACUUUCCCCUAACUGAGAAAAUGGUGAAAGCAGCAAUGAUCGAAGCAGGAAUAGAAAUUGAGAAAUUUGUAGCAAUUUCAGACAUUCCAGUAGACUACGCAGAACCUUGCGACGCUACAGGUUUAUUUUAUACUUAUGGCAGAAAAUCUGUGGAAAAGUGACAGUCAACGCAAACAGUUAUUACUUGAAUUUAUAAUUUCAUAAUUAUAUUUACAGUAUUUUCCUAAACGAUUAAUACAUGAUGUAGAUCGUAGCAUGCAGU